AGUUUACGUUUGACAUUUGUAGUGGUUUGUUGUCGGUCUAUUUUUGGACAAGUUUAUCUAGGAUUUAAUUCAUUUAAAGAGGACUUUGUAGUAUUCAUGUGAUCAUAUUAUACAUGUAUAGGUGAGAUACCUACUUAACCGGCUGUGUUCCAAAAUAAUAACUGAACUGAGAAGGUAAAAACAAAGUGAUAACAUAUCAAUGCCGCUAUUACUGAUAAGAUUCAACUGUAUCGAUUAUUGCACAAGUAUUUGGUGAUAUAAGUAUUUAGAUUAUUACCUAGUUUGCAUAACAUAAAGGUUAGCUAGCCCAAAAAUAUUAUUUAUAAAAGUUUAAAACAAAUUUUAGGUUAGGUUACGUGAAGUAUUGCUAAGUGUCAAAGUACAAAGGUUACAACAGUGCUACAAUGAGUGUAAGAAGUAAAUUAUUAAAAACAUUGAUUUUGGGAGCUCCGGCUUCAGGAAAAGGCACAAUAUCCUCGAGAAUUGUGAAGAAAUACAAUGUAGAGCAUAUUUCCAGUGGAGACAAACUCCGUGAUCACAUUCAGAAACAAACUGAGCUGGGAAAAGAAGCCAAAAAAUACAUAAAUGAAGGAAAAUUAGUACCAGAUGAAAUUAUGAUUAAGUUCAUGAUUGCUGAAAUGUCGAAGGUCAGUGGGAAACCAUGGUUACUAGACGGUUUUCCCAGAACAGUGGAACAGGCAAUGGCCUUGUGGAAAGUGCAGCCCGUAGAUGUGGUGUUAAAUCUAAAUGUUCCCUUUGAUGUUAUAAUUGACCGUGUCAAAAGCCGCUGGGUCCAUCUACCAUCGGGCAGAGUUUACAAUAUUGGCUUCAACACACCAAAAGUUGAGGGCAAGGAUGACGAGACAGGAGAAGCUUUGACCCAAAGACCCGAUGAUAAGCCAGAGGCUGUGAAGAAGAGGUUGGAGAUCUAUGACAGUAUCACAAGACCUGUCAUACAAUUUUACAAGGAGAAAGGCAUAUUGAAAGAGUUUGAAGGCCGGACAUCAGAUGAAAUAUGGCCAAAAGUUACUAAAUAUUUGGAUACUGUUUUCUCUAAAUAACAGUUAGCUUUUCAAGUUAUAUCAUGUACCUAAGAAUUCAUGAAUUUACCAAAUACAUAGUUUUAUAGCCUUGUAUUAAUACCAUUUUUAUUCUAGUCUCAUGAAUAUUUUCUUGUUAUUUUUUGUAAAGUAUUGAUUAUGCAUUAAUUAAGUGAAAUCAUUGUGGUGCUUUUUAGUUUAUAGAAAUGCAGCUUUUGGAAUUAUAACUACAGAUUUUAUUUUGUAAAUAUGUAUAAAAAUGAUGAUGAUACUGUAGUGCCUUAGGCAUAUCAAUAGAUAUGUAUUGUGCUUACUGUGUACUUUGUAUUUAUACAUAUGCAGGUAUUGUAGGUAAACAAUGCAUAUAGAAUUAAGUGGACUAUAUAUUUUGUUUAGGUAUUAAAAACAAUGCAAAUUUUUAACCUUUUAAGAUUGUAAUUAAUGCUCAAACAGACUUUUUGUCAACGUUAUUGUUAUUUGUACAUUGAUUUUAUUUGUCUUUACAUUACAUAUAUUUAUGUACCCAUUCAUCCAAAGUUGAAUAAAAAAGUAGUCUGUUAA